UAAGCAGCACCGCUGGGAUAAAACGCUCGGGCUGCCAGCGGACUAGGGCAUUGCAUCGAGAGAUGGCCAGGCUGCGGACUUCGUCCCUCCUCCCUGGAGUCCUGGUUCUCCUGCUUUCCAGCCUCCCGGCUUCGUGGCAAGGAGGGGUUCCAGGUGCUGGAGCAGGAAUUCCAGGAGCAGGGUUCUACCCAGGAGCUGGCAUUGGAGGUGGACUUGGAGGAGCAGGUGGCCUAUAUCCAGGAGGUGCCUAUCCUGCUGGAUCUGCUGCUGCAGCCUAUAAAGCCGCCGCUAAAGCUGGACUUGGUGUACCUGGUGGUGGCAUAGGUGGAUUACCUGGAGCUGGCUUUGGUGGACUACCUGGAGGUGGAGUAGGCGGACUACCUGGAGGCGGCAUAGGUGGACUACCUGGAGGUGGUGUGGGCGGACUACCUGGAGGCGGCAUAGGUGGACUACCUGGAGGUGGUGUGGGCGGACUACCUGGAGGCGGCAUAGGUGGACUACCUGGAGGUGGUGUGGGCGGAUUACCUGGUGCUGGUACUGGAGCCAAGCCUGGGAAAAUCCCUGGUGUUGGAAUUCCAGGAGUCUUCCCUGGAGGCGUACUUCCCGGCACAGGAAUCCGUUAUCCAGGUGUAGGAGUCUUGCCAGGAGUGCCAUCUGGAACAGGUGUCAAACAGAAAGUCCCAGGAGCUGGAGCUGGAGCCUUUGCUGGAAUCCCUGGACUUGGAGGAAUUGGAGGUGGACAGCAACCAGGCCUACCUCUAGGUUAUCCCAUCAAGGCACCAAAACUCCCAGGUAGUUAUUAUGGUAAGCCUUAUGGUGCUGGCAAGCUGAAUUUCGGCGGAGCAGGUGGGGCAUAUGCUGGAGGACUUGGAGGGAAACCUGGCUAUCCAACGGGUACAGGUGUAGGAGCUCAGGCCGCUGCUGCUAAGGCAGCCGCAAAAUAUGGCGCUGGACUUUUGCCUGGAGCUGGGACCCUUGGUGGAGGAGGGUUGUUGCCCGGUGCUGGUGGUGGUCCAGGAGGAAUAGGUGCCGGUGGACCAGUAGCUGCAGCAAUAGCUGCCAAAGCAGCUGCCAAAGCAGCAGCUUACGGUGGCAGAGCUAUCCCUGGAACUGGAGUUGGUGGUGUCGGCGUUGGCUUUCCAGGAUUCCCUGGAACUGGAGUUGGUGGUGUUGGUCUUCCUGGUGUUGGUGGACUUCCGGGAGUUGGAGUAGGCCCAGGAGGAGUUGGUGCAGGAGGAGUGAGUCCAGCAGUAGCAGCAGCUGCUGCCGCUAAAGCAGCAAAAUACGGGCGGGUUCCAGGUGGCGUUGGCCCUGGUGGCAUCAUCCCUGGUGGCGUUGGCCCUGGUGGCGUUGGCCCUGGUGGCGUCAUCCCUGGUGGCGUCGGCCCUGGUGGCAUCAUCCCUGGUGGCGUUGGCCCUGGUGGCGUCAUCCCUGGUGGCGUUGGCCCUGGUGGCGUCAUCCCUGGUGGUGUUGGCCCUGGUGGCGUCAUCCCUGGUGGUGGCGGCGUUGUUCCAGGAACUGGGUUAGCAGGAGCAGCAGCAGCAGCAGCAGCAGCUAAGGCAGCAGCAAAAGCAGCAGCAUAUGGUGGAGUUAGGCCUGGCGGAGUUGUGCCUGGAGGACUUGUACCUGGAGGCGUUGUGCCUGGCGGAGUUGUGCCUGGUGGAGUUGUACCUGGCGGAGUUGUGCCUGGCGGAGUUGUGCCUGGCGGAGUUGUGCCUGGCGGAGUUGUACCUGGUGGAGUUGUGCCUGGCGGAGUUGUGCCUGGCGGACUAGUUCCAGGAAGUCCUGCAGCCGCUCUAAAAGCAGCUGCCAAGGCAGCAAAAUAUGCAGGAGCAGGUGGAGGAAGAGGACUUGUGCCUGGAGGAGGGGUUGGCAGCCUAGUACCUGGUGCUGUUAAUGGACUUGUGACUGGCAUUGGAGGAAUCGCAAGAGGUGGAGUACCUGGGGCAGCUGCAGCAGCAAAAGCAGCUGCUAAAGCAGCCAAAUAUGGUCUCAGGCCCGGAGGUGGCGUCCUUCCUGGAGGUGGUGUUGUGCCUGGAGGUGGCGUCCUUCCUGGAGGUGGCGUCCUUCCUGGAGGUGGCGUCCUUCCUGGAGGUGGUGUUGUGCCUGGAGGUGGUGUUGUGCCUGGAGGUGGCGUCGUCCCUGGGGGCAGACUUCCUGGUGCAGGCAUUCCCAUAAUUGGAGGACAAGGAGGAGGCAAACCACCUAAAUACGGUGUCCCAGGUACUGGAUUGGGUGGAACUGGUGUGGCAGGUACUGGAGGAGGAUACGGAGUCCCUGGACUGGGCGUACCUGGUUACGGGGGUGGGGGCGGGGUUGCAGCAACUGGCACUGGCUUUGGAUUAUCUCCUAUUUACCCAGGAUACACAGGUGGAGGUGUACCUGGCUAUGGAGGUAAACCUCCCAAGCCCUAUGGAGCCCUGGGGGCACUCGGCUACAAAAGAGGAGUCGGCCGGAAGAGGAAGUAGCCCAGACCGACAGCCUACCAUUCACCUCAUGAACUUUGGUGCUACUGCCUGGUCUCGAAUGUACCCUCACCCCACCCCACCCCUGAGAAAAGCAGAGAUUCCACCACCGCCGCUGCCAACACAGCCCCAUGCCUUGCCACCCCCACCCCCGGCUGGCCCCUCUCCCUCUCACUGGUGCUACAACCAUCCCACAGGGAGCGUCCCUGCCUUCAGCUCCCUGGGGCCCUUUGGUGCUGCAGCCUAGGAGGGCUGCUUUCAGAGGGGGCGGCCUGAGCACUUUAAACCCACUCCUGAGCCCUGCCCCCCACAAGCGGGAGGGGGGGGCCAGGAGCCGUCGGCCAGCUGGCCCUGCUUCUUCCCUGGUCUCUCUCUGCUGGCUCCUCUUUGGAUCUAAGUGUGUGGGGGGGGGAGGACACCCCUUGUUUUGCCGUGAGCCCCAUGCCAGGCCAUUCCUCCCUUCCCCCUGAACACACUGCCUCUGUUUGGAGGGGAGCAGUUCAGGCCAAGCUGUCAGUGCCAAUGGGAUUAGCCUUAAUCCUGGAGCUUCUGCUGGCUGCCAGGCUCGGGUGGAUUAGCACGGCCAGGCCACAGCAUCCGUACCAUCCCUAACGUGGACGCCGGCAUGACAUCGUCCAGCUCCCAAUGAACGGGCUGGCCAGGGACCCCUGUACAUGACCAGCCAACCUGCUCCACAUCUUCCAUGUUUAAUCACUUCGAUGUAACUGGGAUGGGACACUUUUUAUAAAGAAGAACAAUAACUGCUUUCCAAAAAAAAAAAAACCAAAAUAAAUAAAACCUGACUAAUAAAUAAUGUUUUAAAG